AUGGAGCCGCCCGGCGGGGGCCCGGGGCCCGGCCGCGGGACCCGGGACAAGAAGAAGGGCCGGAGCCCGGACGAGCUGCCUUCGGCGGGCGGCGACGGCGGCAAACCCAAGAAAUUUACUCUGAAGCGGCUCAUGGCAGAUGAGCUGGAGAGAUUUACCAGCAUGAGAAUUAAGAAGGAGAAAGAAAAGCCUAAUUCUGCUCAUAGAAAUUCUUCUGCAUCAUAUGGGGAUGAUCCCACUGCACAGUCAUUGCAGGAUGUUUCAGAUGAGCAAGUUCUAGUACUCUUUGAACAGAUGCUGUUGGAUAUGAACCUGAAUGAGGAAAAACAGCAACCUUUGAGGGAGAAGGACAUUAUCAUCAAGAGGGAGAUGGUGUCCCAGUACUUGCACACCUCCAAGGCUGGCAUGAGUCAAAAGGAGAGCUCUAGGUCAGCUAUGAUGUACAUUCAGGAGCUGAGGUCGGGCUUGCGGGAUGUGCCUCUGCUCAGCUGCCUGGAGUCCCUUCGUGUCUCCCUCAACAACAACCCUGUCAGUUGGGUGCAAACAUUUGGUGCUGAGGGCCUGGCUUCCUUAUUGGACAUCCUUAAACGACUUCAUGAUGAGAAAGAGGAGACUGCUGGAAGCUACGAUAGCCGUAACAAGCAUGAGGUCAUCCGCUGCUUGAAAGCUUUUAUGAACAACAAGUUUGGAAUCAAGACCAUGUUGGAGACAGAAGAAGGAAUUCUGCUGCUGGUCAGAGCCAUGGAUCCUGCUGUUCCCAACAUGAUGAUUGAUGCAGCUAAGCUGCUUUCUGCUCUUUGUAUCCUACCACAGCCAGAAGACAUGAAUGAAAGAGUUUUGGAGGCGAUGACAGAAAGAGCUGAAAUGGAUGAGGUGGAACGUUUUCAGCCACUGCUGGAUGGAUUAAAAAGUGGGACCUCCCUUGCUCUCAAGGUGGGAUGCCUGCAGCUGAUCAAUGCUCUCAUCACACCAGCUGAAGAACUUGACUUCCGAGUUCACAUCCGAAGCGAACUGAUGCGCUUGGGGCUGCAUCAGGUGUUGCAGGACCUUCGAGAGAUUGAAAAUGAUGAUAUGAAAGUGCAACUAAAUGUGUUUGAUGAGCAAGGAGAAGAGGAUUCCUAUGACCUGAAGGGACGUCUGGAUGACAUUCGAAUGGAGAUGGAUGACUUCAGUGAAGUCUUCCAGAUUCUCUUAAACACAGUGAAGGAUUCAAAGGCAGAGCAACACUUCCUGUCCAUCCUGCAACACCUACUUUUAGUCCGAAAUGACUAUGAGGCCAGACCGCAGUACUAUAAGUUGAUUGAAGAAUGUAUUUCUCAGAUAGUUCUGCACAAGAAUGGGGCUGAUCCUGAUUUCAAGUGCCGGCACCUCCAGGUUGAUAUUGAGGGAUUGAUUGAUCAAAUGAUUGAUAAAACAAAGGUGGAGAAAUCUGAAGCCAAAGCUACAGAGCUGGAAAAAAAGCUGGACUCAGAGUUAACAGCUCGACAUGAGCUACAGGUGGAAAUGAAAAAGAUGGAAAGUGACUUUGAGCAGAAGCUCCAGGAUCUUCAGGGAGAAAAGGAUGCAUUGGGUUCUGAAAAGGAAAAAAUUGCCACAGAGAAACAGAACCUGGAAGCAGAAGUGUCUCAGCUCACAGGAGAGGUUGCCAAGCUGUCCAAGGAACUGGAAGAUGCCAAGAAAGAAGUGGCUUCACUCUCCACUGCAGUUACUGCUGCAGCCCCUCCUAGCAGUGCUACUUUUCCCCCUGCCCCUCCUUUACCUGGUGACUCUGGGCCUGUCAGUCCCCCCUCACCCCCUUUACCAGGAGAGGUUAGCACAGCCUCCGCACCCCCUCUUCCUGGGGGUGGGGCCAUUCCUCCUCCACCACCUCCUCCUCCUCCUCUGCCUGGGGGUGCCUACAUCCCCCCACCCCCUCCUCUGCCUGGGGGUGCCUGCAUCCCCCCACCUCCCCCUUUGCCUGGGGGUGUUGGCAUCCCCCCACCUCCGCCUUUGCCUGGGGGUGUUGGCAUCCCCCCACCUCCUCCUCCCUUGCCUGGAGGACCAGGAAUGCUACCUCCCCCUCCCCCUCUUCCUGGUGGAAUCCCUCCACCUCCUCCAUUUCCUGGAGGCCCUGGUAUUCCUCCACCUCUCCCUUUUGGAGUUCCUGCAGCCCCAGUUCUGCCAUUUGGAUUAACCCCAAAGAAACUUUACAAGCCAGAGGUACAGCUCCGGAGGCCAAACUGGUCCAAGUUUGUCGCUGAGGACCUUUCCCAAGACUGCUUCUGGACAAAGGUGAAGGAGGACCGAUUUGAGAACAGUGAACUUUUCGCCAAACUUACCCUUACCUUUUCUGCCCAGACCAAGACUUCGAAAGCCAAGAAGGAUCAGGAAGGUGGAGAAGAAAAGAAAUCUGUGCAAAAGAAAAAAGUGAAAGAGUUAAAGGUGUUGGAUUCAAAGACAGCCCAGAAUCUCUCAAUCUUUUUGGGUUCCUUCCGCAUGCCCUAUCAAGAGAUUAAGAAUGUCAUCCUGGAGGUGAAUGAGGCUGUUCUGACUGAGUCUAUGAUCCAGAAUCUCAUUAAGCAGAUGCCAGAGCCAGAGCAGUUAAAAAUGCUUUCCGAACUGAAGGACGAAUAUGAUGAUCUGGCUGAGUCAGAGCAGUUCGGCGUCGUGAUGGGCGCUGUGCCCCGCCUGCGGCCUCGCCUCAAUGCCAUCCUCUUCAAGCUGCAGUUCAGUGAGCAAGUGGAGAAUAUCAAGCCAGAGAUUGUUUCUGUCACUGCCGCAUGUGAGGAGUUGCGGAAGAGCGAGAACUUCUCUAGCCUCCUGGAGUUGACCUUGCUUGUUGGAAACUAUAUGAAUGCUGGUUCCAGGAAUGCUGGUGCUUUCGGCUUCAGUAUCAGCUUCCUCUGUAAGCUUCGAGACACCAAGUCCACAGAUCAGAAGAUGACGUUGUUGCACUUCUUGGCUGAGUUGUGUGAGAAUGACCAUCCCGAGGUCCUCAAGUUUCCAGAUGAGCUUGCCCACGUGGAGAAAGCCAGCCGAGUUUCUGCUGAAAACUUGCAAAAGAACCUAGAUCAGAUGAAGAAACAGAUUUCUGAUGUGGAACGUGAUAUUCAGAAUUUUCCAGCUGCCACAGAUGAGAAAGACAAGUUCGUUGAAAAAAUGACCAGCUUUGUGAAGGAGGCACAGGAACAGUACAACAAGCUGCGGAUGAUGCACUCUAACAUGGAGACGCUCUAUAAGGAGCUGGGCGAGUACUUCCUCUUUGACCCCAAGAAGGUGUCUGUGGAAGAAUUCUUCAUGGAUCUGCACAACUUUAAGAAUAUGUUUGUGCAAGCAGUCAAGGAGAACCAGAAGCGGCGGGAGACAGAGGAGAAGAUGCGGCGAGCAAAACUGGCCAAGGAGAAGGCAGAGAAGGAGCGGCUGGAGAAGCAGCAGAAGAGAGAGCAGCUCAUAGACAUGAAUGCUGAGGGCGAUGAGACAGGUGUGAUGGACAGUCUCCUGGAAGCCCUGCAGUCAGGCGCAGCAUUCCGGCGGAAGAGAGGACCCCGUCAGGGCAACAGGAAGGUCGGGUGUGCAGCUAUAUCUCAGCUAGAAUCAGUGCUGACCAGGGACGGUGCCAUGACCUGUGUUCCUGCCAAGAUGUCCAAGAGCGAGGAAGUCCCCACCAUCCUUGAGGAGGCCAAGGAGUUGCUCGGCCGUGCAAGCUAAGCCAGGUCCUGGGGCCAUGGCAGCUCCUCAGUGGAGCUCCAGACUGUCCCUGCCCUGCAGCGUGUGGGUGAAGGGUCGCAGAGCUGUUCCUCUGCGGUGGCCACUCCCAUCACCUUGACCCCAUCUUUGUCUCCAGUCUGCUGCUCUCUGUACAUCACGCACAGCUUCAGCUGCCUGGAGGCCAGAAGGAAAGGGCAGGGUGGGGAGGCCUGAGGCCAACCCGGCCAGCCCUGGCUCUCAUAUUACCAAAGCAGGCUCUGUGUUUGCUGCCUUAACCCCAAGUGUCUCCUCCGUUCUCCGUGGCCUCAUCUCAGACAAGGCCCCACCUGCUUUCUCAGCCUCUACCUUUCCCGUGGGCUUUUGCCUAGGUCAGUCUUGCUGGGUUUAUGCUUUUCUUUUGUGUUUUCUCUGGCCCUGAGAACAGCAUGGGCUGAUGAACCUUUGGGCUCUGUCCCUCCUUCCAUUGCUGUCACCGCCACCCCGCCUCCCUGCUCUUCCUGCCCCCUGGCUCUUGUUAUUACUAGGGGUGUGGCAUUGGGAGCUGCUUCCAAGGAAGUGGGGAGCAAAUCCCCCUUAUCCCACUUUUUGGGAAAGGCCUCCCAAAACAAAAGGAACCUGGACCACUUUCAUCUGUUCUCUAGGCCAGAGCCUAGGGCGGGCAGGCAUGGCACAGGUGGGACCUGCCCCCAGUCUGCUGCCAUGCUCUGUGCCCUUGCCUCUCUGGACCCUCUGCACCAGCCCUAGGCUACUGAGCCACAGGCCCUUCUCACGCCCUCCCUAGAGCUUUGGUGCAUCUCAUCCCAACACCUUAUCCUCUGUCUCCAGGGAAAUGGGAGGUGGAGCCUCCUGGCUGAGAAAUUGUUUUGCAAAAGGAUCUAUUUUUAUAUGAAUUUUUUUUUUUUUUUUAAGAAAAAUAACUCUUCCUUCCUCCUUUCCCCUCCAUAAUAUAAGAGGCUUUGAUGGCAGGUUCCAGAGUCCCUGGGAUUUCUCCCCACAAGCCUCAAUUCUGAACAAGCCCCUGGACCUCCACCUCAGCCCUCAAGCCUCUGGGCCCUUGAGGCCAGUGCAGACUCCCUCUCCCAGCAUCUGACUCUGGGGCAAGGGGAAGCUCUUCUCUUGUUGAGCUGGACCAGGCCUAAGAGUAGUGGGAGCUCUGAAACGACAGAGUUUUUAAAAAUUUAAUAUAUUUAUCAAGCCAAAUGUGCAAAUGCUAACUGGCCACUCUGGAGCAGUGCGCACAGGCUGUGCCCCACCCUGCUCUCUUCUCUGCAGUGGGCAGGCCAGACUCUUUGGCGGUCCCAGCCACAGGAAGCUCAGAUUCUCCGGUCAAGGUGACACUUUACCCUCCUGUGCUCCUUUCAGCUUCCCACCCCUGGGAGAGAGAAUGGCACUGGUAGGACCUGGCGCAAAAGUAUAGUUAUUAGAGCAAGGGGGAGCUUAGGAGACCUAAGGGCGCCUGCAGGGAGGCCUUGAGGCCCGGAAGGAGGGUUCUGGUUGUUGGAGCCUGUGUGUGGAGGGGCAACAGCAGCUCCUUUGCACUAUUUCUGGGAGGACCGCGGUGCAGGGGCCUGCUGCUCCCCUAGGUCCCUCCUCCCUGCUGACAUCUGGGGCUUUGACCCUUUCUUUUUUAAUCUACUUUUGCUAAGAUGCAUUUAAUAAUAAUAAAAAAGGGACAAAAUGCAAACCUGUUCCCCUCACCUCUUGGGCUUCUGGGAUGUCAUCACCUCCAGUUUGUUGGGCUUGUUUCCAACUGUUAAUAAAGCAUUGAAACAGUA